GCCCGCCGGAGCAGUAGGGAGCGUUUCGCCGGCUGGAGCCUUGGGCUACUUACGACGGUGAUGGGAGAGCGGGGAGUGGGUCGGGGCGCAGCGCCGGGCGCCGCAGGGCCCUGACGCGGCGCCGAGAGAGCCUUGCGGUAGGCUGGCCGAGUGGGGCGGUGGGGCCCGCGGCUGGGGAUGAAGAGGUGAGCGACCGAGCGAACUAGGGAGGGGCGGCGGGGCCUGGGCGGGACGUUGCUCGGCGCCCUUAGGUAGGGGUGAGCCGGCCCGGCUCGGCCCUACCGCCCCCAGCCGAUCUGCCGGCCGUUUCCGCGGCCGCGGUGGCCGGCCCCGCGGCGUCGGGGCCGGGCCGGGCCGCGGCGGCCGGCCCUGCCUUUCCGAGAGCCCGGCGUCAGCCCUGGGCAGCCCGUUGCUCCGACUUAAGAAGUGUUCCGGGGCUGUCCUUCCCUGUCGUGUUCGUAACAGCCCGGAGAGGAGGAGAAAAUCCUCAAAACUGGGCGGGGAGGAAACAGCUGUUCUCAAAACCUUAGCCUUGCGUCGAACCUCGCGACUUGCAAGUGCACAGUAUGUCGCAUCUUACCUUGCUAGGCGAUAUACGGCUACAUCACUCUUGCCAUUAAAUGCUCCGUUCCUCAACAAAGUUAAACAUGAUUUGGUUUUCAUUUAAAAUCCUGAGCACAGACGUUUCAUCUUAUUGGUAGGACUUGCAUAUCAAGGUGACAGGAGGGUUGUUUGCAAGAACAGCAGUGACGGUGUAUUGGUGUUCGCUUGCCAAAUCUAGUAACACCUGAGUAUUCUGAUAGUGGUAAUGAUUUUUGUUCUUCCUCUAAAGUAGAAUAUUUUUAUCAAGUUUAUAACACCUAACAACAUUUAGUGGAGCUUUUUUUAGCUGCAUUUUCUUUUAGAAAUCAUGUUUCCAGUAUGAACUUAUUUGUAUUGACAAUAUUUCAACCACUAUUUUGAAGAAACCAUCUAUAUUUUUUCCACCUGUGCCUUGUAUUGCACUCAUGUAAUUCUGUCUACAUUGAGCUGCAAAUAAAUUUACUUGCUCCUAGUUUUGACUUUCCUUUGAGAAUUUUUGGACUGUUGAAUAACAAAAUUUUGCAUCUUAGCUGUUUAAAACUUAGUAUAUAAAGUUCUGUAAUAAAAUAUACAGUUUAUUUAAGCCUGUUUAGUUUAUACUCUGAAUCAGAGCUACGGACUUUUAUGUUCAUGCUGAAACUUGAUAGCUGAUUCAAAGUUCUCUGUAUAGUUCAUUUAAGGCUACUGCAGGGUAGAAAGAAGUUCUCAUGUUUCAGAGCAAACUUUUUCUUAUGAUGUCUCUGUAGGGAUGAUGGUGACCCAAGAUGGGAAGAGAAGGAACUUAGGGAAGCUUGGAAGUUAGGUAGCUUAAUAUGGCCUCCCUCUGAUAUUUAAAAAAUAUUUUCCAAAGCAGGAAGUGUUGUAGUCAUAACUGUUUUUCCUGUUGCUUCCCCAAAUCCUUUGAGCAUGAAAAUAACUCAGAUAGGUGGAGUAGAAGAAUGCAGUUGAACAAGCUCUGACACUUAAAGGUCCAUGGUGGUGGUCGAGUACUCUCUGCACAAAGUUUUAUAGUUGCAGGUUUUCUCUUCUGGUUUUGGUUCUUUGCAAAAUGAAUAUUGCAUUGUUUCACAAAGGUUGGACCCUUCACUAGAAUCUGUCAAGAACAGUGCACAUAAAUCAACAGUUUAUUUUUCUUGAAGACUUCUGUGCAGCUUUUGAAGUUUUAAUCACAAUGAAUUCGGGCUUAUGGAGUCAAGAAAAACCAAGUUCAUCCUACUGGGAAGAGCGGAUCUUUUACUUGCUUCUCCAAGAAUGCAGUGUCAUAGACAAGCAGACUCAAAAGCUCUUGAAAGUGCCCAAAGGUAGCAUUGGGCAAUUUUUUCAAGACCGUUCUUCUGUGGGACACUCCAGAAAUAUUCCUUGUAAAGGGAAGAAACUGCAGAUUGGAUUAAAGAUUCUGGAACAACCUCAUGCAAUCCUCUUUGUGGAUGAGAAGGAUGUUAUAGAAAUAAAUGAAAAACUAGCUGAGUUGCUUUUGGCCAUUACUAACUGUGAGGACAGAUACAGUCUGUUUAAAAGCAAAAGCAGGUUAACUAAAGGCAUCCAAAUAGAUAUUGGCUCGCCUGUUAGAGUACAGCUGAGAUCGGGAGAUGAUAAAUUUCCUGGAGUUGUUCGCUUCCGAGGACCCUUAUUGCAAGAAAGGUCCCUCACAGGGAUAUACUUUGGAGUAGAGUUGCUGGAAGAAGGUCGUGGUCAGGGCUUUACUGAUGGACAGUACCAAGGCAAGCAGCUUUUCAGAUGUGAUGAGGAUUGUGGGGUUUUUGUUGCUUUGGACAAACUGGAGCUGGUGGAAGAUGACGACAAUGAACUGGAAAGUGACUAUGCAGCUCCAGUUGAUGCAAUGCAGGUAGAACUUCCUCCUCUGGAGAUCAACUCCAGGGUUUCUCUGAAGAUAGGAGAGAGUAUAGAGUAUGGGACAGUUAUAUUCUGUGAUGUCUUACCAGGAAACGAAAGUUUAGGAUACGUUGUUGGAGUGGACAUGGAUAAUCCUAUUGGAAACUGGGAUGGAAGAUAUAAUGGAAUACAGCUGUGUAGUUUUGCAAGUGUUGAAAGUACACUUCUUUUGCAUAUCAAUGAUGUUAUGCCAGAGACUCUGUCACAGGACAGGAGGCCUCCCAAGCUUGCCUAUACCUCAAGAGGUGGUGGUGACAAAAGCUUAUUCAAUCAUAGUAAGCCAAAGGCUACAGGAUCUACCUCUGAACCUGGAAAUAGAAACAGAUCUGAAGUCUUCUACACAUUAAAUGGCUCAUCAGUUGACUCUCAGCCUCAAACAAAAACAAAACCCCCAUGGUAUAUUGAUGAAGUUGCUGAAGACCCUGCAAAAUCACUUACUGAUUCAUCUCCUGGAUUUGGGCAUUCUUCACCACCACUGCAACCACCUUUAACAAACUCUGUGUCUACAGAAAACAGAUUUCACUCCCUUCCUUUUAGCUUGACAAAAACGACGAGUACUAAUGGUACUAUUGGACAUAGUCCUCUCUCUUUAUCUGUUCAGUCAGUCAUCGGUGAUGUAAAUACAAUAGCUAACCAGGAGAGCCCAUCAACAGCAGGCCCAGUCGGGAACUCGCAUGGUCUUGAAGCAGGUUCCUUGGCUGAAGUUAAAGAAAAUCCUCCUUUCUAUGGAGUAAUCCGCUGGAUUGGCCAGCCCCCUGGCGUAAACGAAGUAUUAGCUGGGCUGGAACUGGAAGAUGAAUGUGCAGGUUGUACAGACGGAACAUUUAAAGGAACUCGAUACUUCACUUGUGCUCCGAAGAAAGCUCUUUUUGUUAAACUCAAAAGCUGCAGGCCAGAUUCGAGGUUUGCCUCACUACAGCCCGUUUCCAACCAGAUUGAACGCUGCAACUCUCUAGCCUUUGGAGGUUACUUAAGUGAAGUGGUAGAAGAAAACACUCCUCCAAAAAUGGAAAAAGAAGGUUUAGAGACAAUGAUUGGAAAGAAGAAAGGUAUCCAGGGUCAUUACAACUCCUGUUACUUAGACUCCACCUUAUUCUGUCUGUUUUCUUUUAGCUCUGUUUUAGACACUGUGUUACUCAGACCUAAAGAAAAGAAUGAUGUAGAAUAUUAUAGUGAGACUCAAGAGCUGUUGCGGACAGAGAUUGUGAAUCCUCUGAGAAUAUAUGGAUAUGUGUGUGCUACAAAAAUAAUGAAACUGAGGAAAAUACUUGAAAAAGUUGAGGCUGCAUCAGGAUUCACUUCAGAAGAAAAAGAUCCAGAAGAAUUUUUGAAUAUUUUAUUUCAUCAUAUUCUAAGAGUUGAGCCACUGUUGAAAAUAAGAUCAGCAGGUCAGAAAGUACAAGACUGUUACUUCUAUCAAAUUUUUAUGGACAAAAAUGAGAAAGUUGGAGUCCCAACAAUUCAGCAGUUACUAGAGUGGUCAUUCAUCAACAGCAACCUGAAGUUUGCAGAGGCACCCUCUUGCCUGAUUAUCCAAAUGCCUCGGUUUGGAAAGGAUUUCAAAAUGUUCAACAAAAUCUUUCCAUCCUUGGAAUUAAAUAUAACAGACUUACUUGAAGAUACUCCGAGGCAGUGCCGCAUAUGCGGAGGGCUUGCUAUGUAUGAGUGCAGAGAAUGUUAUGAAGAUACUGAUAUUUCUGCUGGGAAAAUCAAACAGUUCUGCAAAACCUGCAAUACACAAGUUCAUCUUCAUCCCAAGAGACAGAGUCAUAAAUUCAAUCCGUUGUCGCUACCUAAAGAUCUGCCAGACUGGGAUUGGCGACAUGGCUGCAUCCCCUACCAGAAGAUGGAGUUGUUUGCUGUUCUCUGCAUAGAAACAAGCCACUAUGUAGCUUUUGUUAAAUACGGGAGGGAUGACUCUGCCUGGCUUUUCUUUGACAGUAUGGCUGAUCGGGAUGGAGGUCAGAAUGGCUUUAACAUUCCACAAGUUACCCCAUGUCCAGAAGUUGGUGAAUACCUGAAGAUGUCUCUAGAAGAAUUACACUCACUGGAUUCCAGAAAAAUUCAAGGCUGUGCACGGAGACUACUUUGUGAUGCUUACAUGUGCAUGUAUCAAAGUCCAACGAUAAGUUUGUACAAAUGAACCACAUCCUCUGGAAAACUGAAGAAACAGUAUAGAGUUAUCUGCUGUUGCAUUUGCCGCAUUUUUGGGUUAGUUAUAAUGCAACCAUUGCUGGCAAUGGAUGCGAUGACGAGGAAGAAAUUGACUCUGAGAGCAGAAGGGUUACUGUUCCAAAAACUAAAUGCGGAGUUCUAUAACCGAAGUAUUUAAGCAUUUUGCACUCUGGGAAGUGUGCUUGUGUGUGUGUGUUUUAUAAACAAAAAAAGUGAAGUUACUAAAACUUAAAGCUUUAAGUGCAUUGAUUAACAUUUCCAAAAAGCCUGUGUAUAAAGGUGGAAUCAUAGCAGGAGAAACCUCCUUAGUCCACUGACAAUGUAAAGAUACACUGUUCUUGCUGAGUGGGUUUCUGUGGACUAAGGAUGAUGAUUCUCUUGUGUUUCUCUACCCUCCACACCCACCUCUUCUCUCCACCCUUGAGCUUUCUAGUACCAUACAUUCUCUGUCUUGUGGAGAGUAACUUCAGUGUCGGUAAGAUAAAUUUUAGACUGUUCAUUGCAUAUUAAUUCUGUUCUGUUAUGUCUACUGCAUUCUUUUCAGAUUUGCAUCUUCAAAAAUUAAUGUUCAUUUAAAGAUCUGAAUUCCUAUCUUAUGAAAAUCAAACAUGCAGAUUUGCUAUCUGUUCACUUGCAAUUUUUGGAGGGGGGGAAAGGAGAAGGAGGUAUUAAGGGGAAGCAUAAUAGCUGAAAUAUUAAAUCAGCAAUGAAAGUUAACAAAUGUCUCUUUCUAAGUGUCUAUUUUUGAAGAAACAAAGCAGUCUGGAACAGAAUGAUUGGAGGACAAAACAGUAAACUAGUGGAUUGCCUCAGGGAAGGUUACUUAAGUGGAUUCUAGUCCUUGGUAAAACAUAUUUGACUUUUCUACAGUACAUUAAGCUGCUACCUGGGAGUGUGUUACACAUCUGACUCUUAUUUUCAGAAUUACUAAUUAAUAUUAACAGUCUCUGCCUGGAAAGAUGAAACUAUAAAUUUCAGAGAUGAAACUAUAAAUUUCAGUGGUUCAGAGUUUUACUGUACACCAAGUACCUGAUGAAACUAACUUGAAAAGCUGCAAAACCUUUGUUGAUGUAAAAUGUUACACUUUGAACUCUGGUUCCUGUUUGUAAUGAAAUGCUGUUACAGUUGCUUUUUAGCUACUUCUGUCUACACUGACUGCAAACAUGCAACUAUGUAUAUGUAUAUAUGUAUGUAUAUAGUGUGUGUGUGUAUAUACACACACAGAGAAACGUCUGGUUGUAGAAGUUGCAUAUUGAGCUGUACAUUUUCAACUCUAAGAUGUUUUAUAUGGAAAACUUCCUUUUUGGGAUCAAGUCUGUAGCCACAAAAAUAUAACAGGGGAAAAGCCACUUAGAAAAAGCCCAUGUUUUAAAGACAACGGAGACUGAUCCCAUUGCUGUAGGAAAUGUGGUUACUUUUGUUCUUGGAAAUGUUAAACUCUCUCUUUAGGACACACUCUACCACAGAAGAGGAGAAAGAAAGAUACUUGAAAAUUAUGCUUGAAGGACUAAUCUGUCUAAAGCAAGGGCUGCUGAGAUAGUUGAUCUGUUCCAUUAGCUGCUGCAUGAAGUGUGUUCUAAUUUGUCACUCUCAAGAGCAAGAAAGUUACUAAAAGCAUCACAGUUGCUUCUGCCUCUCAUAGUCUCCUGGCUUUCAUGUUCCCUUCCUUAUUUAUCUAGUCUGAUCCUUGGCAAAGUUCUUAUUUCUUUAGUUUCAGUACUACUGUGAGCUCUGGG